CAGGCCACGCGUGUUUCCAUCACCAUGGUGCAUAGGCUGAAGAUAACGGGCCGACUGUUAGCCGAGCCGUUCGCAAUACGUCUUCCCACUGUUAGCCCUGCAGUUCGGCUCACUAUUUCGGAGGAAGUAAAUAUGCAAAUAUUCUGAAGGUGUAACGCUAGAAAUGCCGAAUUCGGCGUUGUCGAAUAGAGACAAAAGGGCAGGUCUGUAAUAAUUCAAAAACAAGGGGCACUUUGUGAAACAGACACAGUCGGAGGAAUAUCCUUCGAAAUGUGUCGGAGGAAAUCUUUUUUCCCAUACAUAAUACAAACAAAAACAGCCUCAUCAAAAGGUCCGAAACACAGACCGACCGGCCUACGCACGCUGUGAACCUCCCCAAUCAAUCAAUGCUGCCAUGGAAAUCGAGCAAAAAUUGAAAACGUCCGCCGUUUCCGCCCCCAAAUCACGACGAUGACCCAAUCCAGCGAUCCCCACUAACAGCCAAAACCCCCGAAUCGAAUCGAUCAGCUCAGCCAUUUCCUCCUCCUCCUCCUUCUUCGUCACCUUCUCGAAGAAGAAGCUGAAACCGUUGGCAUAUGGAGAAGGAGCCGCUGCUGCCUCAAUACUCGAGCCCCAAGAGGAGACCUUCCCUGUCCUCCCUCCCGGAGGACGACGAGAUCUCAAUCCCCGUCCCUCUCACCCCCGUGGAGCUUAAGGACCGCCUCAUCUUCGGCCCUCCCCCCUCCUCCGAUGAUGCCGCCUCCCACAUCCUCGACGCCAUAUCCAACUCCGCCCCCGCCCCCGCCUCCCCCUCCCUCUCCCCUCUCGACCCUUUCCCCGACCACCACCACCACCUCCUCCUCCGCCCCCCGUCCACCCCCCACUACCCCGCCAGACCCCUCUUCCACCGCAGCAAGACCGCCCCCGCUAUGGCCGUCAUCAACGACCUCGCCCUCUCCCGCCUCCCCGCCGACCCCAAGCCCCAGUCCGCCUCCCAGUCCAUAAUCCGCCACGCCGUUAUCUUCCUAAUCUUGUACCUCUCUCUCGGCGUCGUCAGCUAUUGGUUCCAGCGGGAGAGCUUCUCCGCCUCGGAGACCCACCCCGUCGUCGACGCCCUCUACUUCUGCAUCGUCACCAUGUGCACCAUCGGCUACGGCGACAUCACCCCCAACAGCCCCACCACGAAGCUCUUCUCCAUCAUGUUCGUCCUCGUCGGGUUCGGGUUCAUCGACAUCCUCCUCAGCGGGAUGGUCAGCUACGUCCUCGACCUGCAGGAGAACUACUUCCUCCGGGCCGUGAAGCAGAAGGGCGAGAACUACAUGGACGCCAAGUCUGGGGCCGGGCCCGGGUCCUACUUCAUCGACGUGAAGAAGGGCAGGAUGAGGAUACGGAUGAAGGUCGGGCUGGCCCUCGGGGUCGUGGUGCUGUGCAUUGGGAUCGGCGCCGGGGUCAUGCACUUCGUCGAGAGGCUGGGGUGGCUGGACUCCCUGUACCUGUCGGUUAUGUCGGUCACGACAGUCGGGUACGGGGACCGGGCUUUCAGUACCUUCUCGGGGAGAAUCUUCGCCUCAGUUUGGUUGCUGGUCUCGACCCUCGCGGUUGCUCGGGCCUUCCUGUACUUGGCCGAGGCGAGGGUCGAUAAGAGGCAGAGGAGGAUGACAAAGUGGGUCCUGGGGCACGACAUGACCGUGGCCGAUUUCCUUGCUGCCGAUAUCGAUAACAACGGCUUCGUGAGUAAAUCUGAGUAUGUCAUCUACAAGCUUAAAGAGAUGGGGAAGGUGUCUGAGACGGACAUCAUACGGAUCUGCAACACUUUUGAUAGGCUCGACACCGGCAACUGCGGGAAGAUUAGCCUCGCCGAUCUCAUGGAAAAUCGUCACUGAUGCUGACCACAAUUUUGCUGACAGAGCUCCCAUUAUUCAACUGCAAAACGAGGCAAGAGAAAUUUAUUUUACUGUUUUUUCUUGCAUAUGAGUUAAGAGCGGAAGAAUACGAAGCCGGGUCAUGGCAUACGGGAAUAUCAUGACGAGCUGCUUUUGAAAUAAGGCACUGACCUUUGAGCUGAGCUGUGCCGACUCAUUCGAUUGUACAUGUUGGGAUAUCUUCUGCAGGAAGGAUCGGCAUCGGCUUUUCCUCAACUUCACAUAAAUCGGUCAUAAGUAGGAAAUAAUUUUGGUGGAGAGUGUAGGUUAGAUAUCGAUUUAAGUCUGUACAGUACUGUUUGAUUCAUUCUUUGCAGGAGCAAACAUUGGAAUAAAAGGAUUUCGAUGGUCCAACGGAAACCCGUACCUUUAGCUACUCUCGUCUGUGAUCUCGUGUAUGGGCUUCAUGGAACCUUUGGAUGGUGUCUGGCCAUCUGCCUUUCAAAUGAUGAUGGCUUUGGUAACUAGGCAGAGAGGAGCUCGAUUGUUUACAACUCGAAAGCAUUCGGGAUCGGAUUUACUGGUUUCUGAGGAAACCCAAGUGAAGUCACACCGUCCGGUUGAUUUGGGGCGAGCAAGACAGAUUCACAAACUGCAGGGACCAUUUCGAGACAACUUAAACUAUGAAAGUGGCCUUAUUAGGUUGCCAACUAACUACGGGGAGUAAAUGGAAAUUGAACCCACACUGACCAAUUAUUUUAUUUUAUUAUCAGUUGACCAAUUUUUUUUUUAUCAGAUCCAACUAAUUUUAUAAUUUUACUUAAGUUUAUAUGGCACUGGUCAGGUCUGAUUUGACCACCCCCUUCAGUUCA